UGAAGAAGGGGCGGGAGGCGGCGGCUGAGGCCCUGUCAUGGAGUUAGCGCAGCAAGCGCGGGAACUGGGCUGCUGGGCGGCGGAAGAGAUGGAGGCGCCCGUGGCCGCCCGGGCCCCGGAGUCGACGCUGCGCAGGCUGUGUCUGGGCCAGGGGGCCGAUAUCUGGGCCUACGUCUUGCGGCAUGUGCACAGCCAGAGGAAUGUCAAGAAGAUCCGGGGAAACCUGCUCUGGUAUGGCCACCAGGACAGUCCAGAGGCCCGUCGGAAGUUGAAGCUGGAAGCCGCUGUUGCCCACCUGCGGGCAGAGAUCCUGGAGUUAGACCAGAGCCUGGAGCUGUUGGAGCGAGAGACUGAGGCUCAGGGUGACCCAUGGGGCUGGACAGAUGGGCAGCAGAACAAGGUUAAGGAAAGUACUGAUGGCCGCCCCUGUUCCUCUCACAGACAUGGCCAUGGAGCAGGCCCUACAGAGCGUGCAAGACACCCAGCGUCGUGCUCUCCUCCUCCGGGCCCAAGCUGGGGCCAUGCAAAGACAGCAGGGUGGGCUCCAAGGUCCCAUGCAGCAGCUGCAGAAUCAGCUCAAGCAUUUGCAGGACAUAGAGAGCUCCCUCUUCCCAGGAACCUCAGCCCCAACUGCACUUCUCUCUCCAGGAAGGCCAAAGUGGAUAUAAACUUUGGACCCUUGACAUCAGCAGCCCUGAGCCUGGAGCCUGUGGUCCUGGGUGAUGUCCGAACAGCCUGCAGCCUCCGGACCCAGUUCCUGCAGAAGCUCCUGAUGCCUCGGGCCAAGGGAGGCAGCAUUCCAACCCCUCGAGAUGAUCUCUUUGGAACUUCCUACCAGCAGUGGCUUAGCUCAGUGGAGUCACUGCUGACAAACCACCCUCCGGGCCACAUCCUGGCUGCCUUGGAGCAUCUGGCUGCAGAGCGGGAGGCAGAGAUCCAGUCCCUGUGCACCGUGGAUGAGCUCCAAGAUACAGAGCUAGCCAGGGCCCAGGCAAGGGGACAGGUCUCCUCUCUCUGCAGCUCGGCCCCUACUCUCGGCUCCCAGGCCCCAGACCAGCCCAACUCUAGCCAGGCCCUGCCGUCCAUGGUGCAUCUCAUCCAGGAGGGCUGGCAGUCUGUGGCUGCGCUGGUCACCCAGCGGGGCCCCCUCCUGGAGGACCAUCAAAUCCUGACCCGGCACCUCCAAGGCCUGAUGGAGCAGACGGAGAGAUGUACCGUGGGAUCCAGCGAGAGGCAGGCAUUGGUGCUGGGGCUCCGGAGCUCUGCCCUGCGGGCAGAACUCAAGGCCCUGCAUGCCAUGAGCCAGGAGCUGGAGGAGGCUGCUGGGCAGCGGCAGCUUCUGCUCCAGGAGCUACAGGCCAAACAGCAGAGGAUCUUGCACUGGCGCCAACUGGUGGAGGAGACACAGGAACAGGUCCGCCUGCUCAUCAAGGGCAACUCAGCCAGCAAGACGAGCCUGUGCCGGAGCCCUGGGGAGGUGCUAGCUUUGGUUCGACAAAAAGUGGUCCCCACAUCUGAGAUGGUGGCACCACAGAGCCAGGAGCUGCUUCGGUGUCUAGAGGAGGGAGCCCAGCAUCUGCCCCAUCUUCUGCUGGGCACCCUGCUGCGGCACAGCCCUGGAGGGUUGCAGCCCCUCCCUACGGUCCUGCCAUCCAUCCACCAGCUGCAUCCUGCAUCCCCAAGAGGCUCCAGCCUCAUAGUAUUGAGCCACACAUUGGGGCUGCCCGCAGGGAAGGCUCCGGAGCUGCUCCUUCCGAAGGCUGCCUCUCUUCGCCAGGACCUUCUGUUCCUCCAGGACCAGCGAAGUCUCCGAUGCUGGUAUCUGCUCCACAUGAAGACCAGCCUGCCGCCAGGACCAUCCACCCGGGAGCUGCUGCAGAUCUGGGCAUCCCAGGAGAAGGAGCAGAAAGAGAACCUGGGGCAGGCUCUGAAGCGCCUGGAGAACCUGCUGAAACAAGCACUGAAGCGAAUCCCCGAGCUGCAGGGAGUUGUGGGGGACUGGUGGGAGCAGCCAGGACAAGCCGCCCUCUCCGGGGAGCUCUGCCAAGGCCUGUCCCUGCCCCAGUGGCAGCUGCGCUGGAUCCAGGCCCAAGGCGCCCUGCAGCAGCUGUGCAGAUGAAGACGUGGCUCAAAGAGAAGUCCAGAGCUUCGCAUUUGUUCACCCCAACACUUCACUUCCCUUAAUAAGACUUUCGGAAGAAAGCAUUGCCUGGAUGCGUCAGCCCAUUGUCUCUACCCACACCUGCCGUCCCCCUUCACAGGCUCUUCUGUUUUUCCUCUCAGUUGCCUUGCCACUGUCCUAUCAUCCCACUAAAGCCAAGAGAAUGGGGUACUGUGUGCCCCACCCUACCUGAAACUCUCCUCGUCACUUCUACCCUCAACAAAAAGUAAUCAAGCACCUGCUCUAAAUACUGAGGAUCCAGCACUAAAAAAAUGGACAGAAGUCCCAGCCUUCAGGGAGUUGUCAUUCUAGGACAGGAGAACAGACCACUGACAAAAUAAGUAAGCAAAAUAUUUAGUAUGUGGAAGAACUGCUGUGGAGAAAAAGCGGUUGUAGUGGUGUGAUUUUUAAAUAGAGGGCUACACAGCAAAGGUGACACUCUGUAAAGGUAGAGAGAGAAGGAAGUACAUGGGUAUCUGAGGAAGGCUUGCAGAGGGGAAGACUACAGCACAUGCAAAGGCCCUGCGUUCAGAUGUGUUGGUGUGAGGGCUGAGGAGGCAGUGCAUCUGCUGGAAGAGGGGAGGGUUUAAGAGAUGACAUUGCCUUCUAGUUUUAUACAAUUUCUUUUGUAAAUGUAAAUUUUAAAUCUCUGAGCCAUUUGGAAUUUAUCUAAAUGGAUUCAAUUUUAUCUUAUUUUAAAUGUAUCUCACUAUCAUUUAUUAAAAUUCUCAUUCAGAGCAGUGAUUGCCUCUGAAGGAGGGCUGGGUGGCAGGGAUCAACCAAGGAGGAGACAAACUUUCUCGAGUUGGGAAUAUGUUGUACAUUGAAGGUGGUGGGGUUAAACAGGUGUAUAGAUUUUUCAGAACUAAUCUAGCUGUACUGAUUAGAUUGUAGCAUUUCGCUGUGAAUUAUCUUCAACUUAUAAAGUAAAACUUUACAUCCCUAAACUUUAUAAAGUAGUUUUAGGUGACUUGAGAUGCCACCUUUUCAUACACUAAGUUUCCACGGUUAAUUUGGCUGCAUCUGUGUUCUCUCCAAGUCCACUGUCUGUCUGACGCUUGUGUGCCAUCCCCACAGUGUUUUAAUUAUAAAGGCUGUGUAAUACGUCUUAGUACCUGAAA